AUGGCCGGAGUCGUACAACCUGCAAAUUUCUCUAAUAUUCGUUUUGAUAUCCCUGAACUUAAGGGAGAUAACUAUAAGGUCUGGAAGGAGAGAGUUCUUCUUAAUUUGGGGUGGAUGGACAUAGACUAUGCUAUUAGGAAAGACGAACCACUAGCACUCACUGAUACUAGUACUGCAGCGGACAUCACGCUUUAUGAACGAUGGGAGCAAUCUAAUCGUCUCAACGUGAUGUUCAUUAAGACUAGAAUCUCUACUAGUAUCCGUGGUUCUAUUGAUCAGCAUGAAAAGGUCAAAGACUUGCUAAAAGCCAUUGAUGAUCAAUUUGUCACUUCAGACAAGGCACUAGCAAGCACCUUGAUCAUGAAGCUCUCAUCCGUAAGGCUUAUCGAUGUGAGAGGUGUGCGCGAGCACAUUAUGCAAAUAAGGGAUAUUGUGGCUCAAUUGAAGAAUCUCGAGGUUGAAAUGUCAAAUUCCUUCAUGGUGCACUACAUCUUGAACACCCUUCCGCAUAGAUAUGGACCCUUCAAAAUCUCAUACAACGUACACAUAAGGAUAAAUGGUCAAUUAAUGAACUUAUGA